CUUCAGCACCAGGGAAAGGUUUCAAACGCAAAUGAAAGAAAAGAAACAGAGAAAAAUCCGAAAGAACCCAUUUUGAGCCACUCGCAAAAUCCUCCGAUAAUAUCUCAGUACAGACAUUGAUACAUUUAUCAUUAUAUCAUCCCCCAAUUGCCCAACCCCUCUUCCAUGGCUACAAUCUGAACUAACCACAUAAUCCCAUGAAAUGGCCUCCAUAUCCACAUGCUUCACUGUAACCCCCAAGUCUCACUCCACCUUAUCAUCUUCUUCCAAACCCUCAAUCCUCCUCAAACCCGCUCCCCAAUUCCACUCUUUUCGGUCCCCAGUUUUCACCAACAACAACAGAGUUCGAUACAGCAGCAGUAGGGGCGGCUUACUAGUUCCCAGUCUAGUUGUUAGGGCGAGUGUUGAUGUUUCGGCCACUGCAAUCAGGCCUGGAGGAGCCGUGGAGAGUGACAAGUUACCGGCGGAUGUUCGGAGGCAGGCGAUGGACGCCGUGGAUGCGUGCGGAGGUAGGGUUACGAUUGGGGAUGUGGCGAGCAAGGCCGGGCUCAAGUUGAACGAGGCCGAGAAAGCUUUACAGGCACUUGCUGCUGAUACUAAUGGGUUCUUGGAGAUGGUUUCAACAGGUAUCAGAUGAAGGUGAUGUUCUCUAUGUUUUCCCAAAAGAUUAUCGGUCAAAGCUUGCAGCCAAGUCUUUCAGGAUGAAAAUCGAACCAUUUAUUGACAAGGCAAAGUCGGCAACUGAAUAUGUAGUGAGGGUUUCCUUUGGGACAGCACUAAUAGCUUCAAUUGUGAUUGUGUAUACAACAAUUAUUGCCCUCCUUUCGAGUAGAAGUGAUGAAGACAAUCGUGGAAGACGUGGAGGCAGAUCAUAUGAUUCUGGUUUCACAUUUUACCUCAGCCCAUCUGAUUUAUUUUGGUAUUGGGAUCCAUAUUACUAUAGGAGGCAACGAAUUCGGAAAGAUAAUGAAGGGAUGAACUUCAUUGAAUCUGUUUUCUCAUUUGUAUUUGGGGAUGGUGAUCCAAAUCAAGGUAUUGAAGAAGAGCGGUGGAAGUUGAUUGGAGAAUACAUAGCAUCAAAUGGUGGUGUUGUCACAGCUGAAGAACUCGCUCCAUAUCUUGAUUUAGAGACGACAAACCAAACGGGGGAUGACUCAUACAUCUUACCCGUGCUCUUACGUUUUGAUGGUCAGCCAGAAGUAGACGAGGAGGGAAAUAUUCUUUAUCGAUUUCCAUCACUACAACGUACAGCUUCUCCUCAGAGGAGCGGACGGAAGGAAUAUGUGGGAAGAAAGUGGGCUGAUUGGGUUGGGGGGGUUGAGAAGUUUUUCAAGGAGAAGCAAUGGCAAUUUAGUAAAGCUAGCACGUCUGAGAAGGCGAUGGUCUUUGGACUGGGGGGACUUAAUCUCUUCGGGGUUAUUAUUCUUGGUACCAUGUUAAAGAAUGUUGCCGUCAAGCCGAGUGGAUUGAUAACAUUUGUUUCUGACAUAUUUCCUUUACUUCAGGUUUAUGCUGCCUCUUUUUUUGCAAUUCCUUUGGUCCGAUGGUUUUUCAUCCGCAUGAGAAAUGCUGAGAUAGAGAAGAGAAAUCUUGCGAGGGAACAAUGUGCUCGAGCUCUUGAAGUGCCGGAUCUAUCUCUUAGGCGGAAGCUUCUGAGCGCUCGGGAUAUGGCUCAAAAAACCUUCAUUGGACGAGAUAGGAUUGUCUACAGCACUGACAAGGACUUGUUUGAGCAAGACUAUGAAGCGCAAGAGUGGGAUCAGCGAUUCCGAGAGAUCGAGAAGUCUGACUGAGGGUCUAUCAGUUCAUGCCUUCAAUAGAUACACACACAGAAUUUGUAUGCAUUCUGUCUGCUUUUUGCGAGAGAAAGAGAGGAGGGAUAUGUGGUUUGUAUUCAUAUUCGCCGUCCAUGUAUAUCACGUCCAGACAUGAUGCUGGUUUGGGGUUUAGGUUCAACCGCAUAUAUGUUUAAGAGGCCAAUCUAUUGUCUAAUUUCUACCUGGGUACAUAGCAAUUUGUAGGAUUUUUACAAUAAAAUUCUCUAUUUCAUGUCAAA